ACGUCUGAAACAGGAGAGAAACGUCAGAAAACGCAGGGUGACUUUUCUUCAUCAUUGCACGAAGUUUGCAGUGUUCGGAAAUAUUGCAGUUUUGUCAAACGAAAAGCAUUUAGUGAAUUAAAAUCGAGUGCAGACGAUAAACGAAUGUGCCAUCAGAUUUAGUUCAAGUGAAAUUAUGCAUUUCAAAGUGUGUGAAAACACGAAACCGAAAAUCAAACAUACCUAAUUGAAAAACAAAGACCUCCAAUUUCAGUGUGUAAAUUGUAAGAAAAAAAAAUGUCUUGGGUGCAACAAAAUGCAUCACCGCUACCGCCUACGCUGUUACCGCAUCAACAAUCUCUACAGCAGCCGCCAAAUCAGCAAAUCUCUUAUUCGGAACAACAGCAAAAGCAUCAAAUACCACCGCAGUCUCAACCAAAUCGGCAUUUAUCAACACAGGCUCCACUAGCACAACCGAAUUCUGCUGGCACCAACAUCACUAAUGCUUAUACGAAUCCGGUACCGCCUCUUGCAUCUAACCUUCCCCCCUCCACUGGCGCAUAUUUGAGCAAACCUAUAAAUGCUAACAAUAACACUACUCAGCCUCAACAGCAAAACCACCAACAAAACUCAAUGAGAGCACAAAUGCAUGCCAACGGUGGCACACACCAACAGCAGCAUGGCCACAUUGACUUGCAGCAGCAACAGCCUACACCAGCUUCUGCCGCCUGGCAGCAACCAACUUACGUGCAGCCAAAUAAAAUGUUGCCAGCUAAUGCAGCCACUGCUAACACUAAUUGGCCACACCAACAGCAACCGCUACAGCAGCAACAACAGCAACAACAACAGCAACAACAACAACAGCCGCAUACCAACAACUUAUAUGCCGCGCAGCAACCGCAUACCAAUGUUACGCAUAAUAUCUGGCAACCGCCAGAUUUGCCGCCAGCCGAUGUUGCAAAUAAUGUGCCACAGCAGCAGCAACCACAAUAUAUACACCAAACAACUUACGACAAUUAUUUCACAUCAAAUCAAAUGACUCAGCAGCAGCCGCCGCAGCCACCGCUGUCAACUGUACAGCAGCCGACGUAUCCACAACCGCCACAGCAGCCGCAACAGCAGCAAGUAGCUCAUGACGCAGCAAAUUUUUUUCAGUCGCAGCCACAAUAUCAACAGCAGCAGCCAGCACAAUCAGCCGCUGAUAUAUUCGAUAACAAUAAUGCGACUAAAAGCGAAGGCUGGGGCGACUGGGAUUGGAAUGAUAAUGGUAAUGUGAUUGGUGGUGACGCUGAGCAGGUGCCAGCUGGCAAGCAGCAAAAGCAACCAAUGCAGUUACCGAUUCAUAAGCCCGUGCAGCAUCCACCACAACAACAACAUUCGUUCGAACAGCAAUCGACCAAUUAUACAACUACAAGUGUAAUUGAGGACAGUUUUGGUACACAAUCGUCAAACGAUAACUGGAAUUGGAAUCUAAGUGAUGAUGUAAAUGCGAAUGCCAACACUGUAGGCGUUGAAAAGCAGUCAACAACACUACAACCACCUCAAGUGCCAACUAACACUACAACAAAUAAUCGUCAAGCGUCACAAGUGCCCCGACAAGUUGCAAGCAGCAUUCAAGUGCCGCAGCAGCAAGCGGCAGAAUUUGCUGGUACAGAUGCUAGUGGCGUGAAGGCAGUAGCAGCAAAUAUUUUGGUCAAACCUACUUCGCUCCGACUCACCAAGGCGACCAAUGAAAACUAUAACACCAGCGCGCUACCAAUGGCCCCCAACUUUAUCGCUUCCGCACCCUCAUCGACCGUCAGCAGUGUGAGCGUCACAACUAACAGCAACAUUCCGAAUUCCGUUUACGUGUCACAAGCUAAACCGGUUUCACGUCCUUCACGGCAGUACGCUUCACCACCCGGCGUUGCCAGUCCUACAACUGAGCCAUUGGAAAAUGCCUUGGCACCACCUCAGGCAUUCCAAAAUGAAAUUUCAGCAACACAGCUGGAAUCUAAUCCGCCGUCUGUGGCACCUGUUACUAACAGCGCGCCAAAUCUGCCGCUGCAAAACCUGCCACCACCCGCUAUGACUCCCCCGAGCAGUUUGCCACCACCACCUGGCGCUGGCGCCGCUGCAGCUAGCAACCCUUUCAAGCGUGCUGGCGCUGCACAGCAUCAUCGCGCUGGUCUGCUGGCUACAAGCAGUGCUGCGCAACCUCCAGUAGUGCCACAACUGUCUUCGGCUGUUGCUACGGCCUUUGCGGUGCCACCACCCCCUGCUGAUUUUGCCAAUCCGCUACUCAAUCACUUGGAGCCCGACAAUUCUGAAAUUUUACAUGAAAAUCAGGAAGUCUUAGGUGCGGCAGUGUCAUCGCCGCCAACAGCGAUCACACUACUUGGCACAACAGCAGCUGCAACCGUUACACAAGCAUCUUUACCGCCACCACCGCCGCCCAACGAUGAGCGCAAUCAAUAUUUGCAGACUAGUCCGCUGUCGGAGAACCCCGAUGAAGAGCUCAAUUUGGAAGCAGACAGCUUGCCACCACCGGGGCUCUCGCGCCUCGUGCUGGGGCAGCCAGAGCUGUUGGAAGCAUCGCAGCGCAUGGUUACUGGUACCGAAGAGCCGGCAAAUAUGCAUAUGGAUGAACGUCAUGCCGAUGGCGAGGACACAUCGCUGGAGCAAGCGCAAGCAACAACGCUGCUGAAUGCCUCCCAGCGCGUUAACAUAGGGAAUGGCGGCAAUUUGGGAGCUCCUGCCGCUGCCUCCGUGAACAACAGCAACACUAUCGAUAUUACCACAGACCGUAAUUUGUAUUUGGUGCCCGGCGAAAGCAAUGUUAACAACGAGCAACGUGUUGUUACGGGCGUGGAAAGGUCACCUGAGGGCAAUGCACCAGCGCCACCAUCUCAAAUCGCCAGCGGACAGCGCGAAAUCGAACUUGACGGCGAAAAUUUGGAAGACCAACAGCAAGAGCAACAACAACUGCUGCUACAGCAGCAGCAGCAGCAUCAGCAUCAGCAGAAUCAGCUGCCCCCUCCCCUUCUCACUGUGAACAGCCGUGACGAGCCACCUUUGGAGGGCGCUGCUGCCACCGCUGAGCCACUUGCACCAUCAGCCACUGACGAUCAUGAUGUGCAUCAACAUCACGCUCAGCAUCACCAGUCGUCGAAAUCGAAGGAUCUCUCCAAUGCUUCCACUGGCAACGAUGAGAGCGAUCCGGUGGCCGAGCAUCACCAUCACGCCACGCGCUACUUAGGCAGCAACAAGUCACGCAAGCACUCGAUCGGCGAAUUGGAUCGCAAGGUUCUGGAUCGUCAUCAACAACAGCGGCGCGACAAGCAUCGCAGUUCUGUCGAUCGUUAUGAAAGCGAUGAUCUCGAGCUCGAUGAGUCUGAACCCUAUUCAAGUGAUCGUGAACGCGAGCGCGAACGAGAGCGUGAGCGUCGACGCGGUUAUCGUGAAGGUAGCGUGCGCAGCGAUCGUGAACGCGAGGAGCGUGAGUAUGCGAAGGAUAAGCGGCGCCGCGCUGGCGAACGUGGCGAAAAGCGCGACGAGCGUGGCGCUGGCGAACGUGAAAAAUUGCGCGAAAAGUAUUAUGGCCGUGAAAGUGGUAAAUCAGAUACAGUGCGUCGCAGCGUGCGUCACAGUCGGCAGUAUGAAGAAGAUGCCGACGAUGUGUCCAGUCGGCGCAAAGAGCUGGCGCGUCGCAGCGGCGCGCGUCAUCACAAUGAAGAGCGCGCAGGCCGUAGUGAUCGUAGUGAACGCGACUAUGAUGACUAUAAUCGCCGCCAACGUGGCUCAAACAAACGCGUUGGAGAGAAGGGUAUCGACGAUGGACGCGAUGCACGCCGCAGCAACUAUGUAGAUGAGGAACGCCGUGAGCAGAGACGCGCACGACGCGAACGUGGUGGUGAUAAUGACACAAUCGAGCGCCGGCAUCGCGCUGGUGGUGGUGAAAAGCCAACGCGUGCUGAACGUGGUGAGCGCGGCGAUGCACGGGAAUAUGAAGAGUACCGCAAACAGAGUUCGCGUAAUGCACGCGAAAGUGAUUUGGAAAAAGAGCGUGGCGUACGCUACGAUCCACGACAUGCCGCGAUGUACGGUUAUCCCCCGGGAGCGUUUGGUUAUGAUCCUUACACCUCCUAUUAUUAUGAGCAAAUGGCGCGCACCAAUCCGCAGGCAUACUCGGAGUGGUACAAGAAGUAUUAUGGCCACGCUAUGGCUGCCAACACUACUGCGUCAGGGUUAGGCGCGCAUGCUGCGGCUGGUGGUGAUCACGCCAGCUUAAAUAGUAGCUCGUUGGCGGCGGCUACGGCCGACGGACGCGAGUCAGUACAUUCGGGACGCAGUUCGGUUCAAAAUGAUAAGGAUCGGUAUACACAUGCUUACAUUUCACAAGCCAAUGAAUAUCAUCGUCAUUUGCAACAGCGCCAUCUGCAAUCGCACCACCAACAGCAGCAGCAACAACAACAGCAACAGCACCACAUGAUUUUCAAUCAACAACACAUAAAUAUGUCGCUCAAUUCAACAAUGCUCGAUGAUGGCAUGCCCAGCUUGUAUGGCGCUGCUGGUGAGGAUUUACGCGCUGCACGUUCCACCAGCAAUUUAUCCCAAAUUGGCAGCGGUAUCGGUAUCGGCAUCGGUGGUCACAGUGGCAACGGUGGUUUAACGGCUUAUUAUGCUGGCGUUGGUGGAGCCUACUACGCGCGUUCUGACUACGCGGAGUCCAGAUCGGGUCAUGUAUCAUUGCGCGAUGUUGAUGCCAUCGCCGAACCCGAUCCACAACGUUUGACACCACGUAAAUUCGUCAACGAACAUGCAAUUGCUACGCUGUCGGCUGGCAUACUCGUCACCGUUAAGCCGAAGUACACCUCGCAUGGCGCCAUCAGCAAUAUUGUGAAAUUGCAACGCUUGGGCGCCAACGAUGCGACACGUCAACUCUUCCAGGCCUAUCCUGGUCCGUUGGUACGUGGCCUUACACACAAGAAAACAAUUAUUGAAUUCUGCGAGGAGCAGAUACGUUUGGGUCCAAUGGAGACCACAAUCUAUGCCAAGCAGCUGUUGUGCAAUAAUAUCGAGAAAUAUCGUGGCUCAUACACGCUGAUGUGGAAUUUGCUAAUUUUGUUGCUGCGUCAAAAUGGCAUGGUCGUUGGCACAGAUAUAGCAGAGCUGCUUUUGAAAAAUCAACAACAAUUCCCAUAUCAAGCAGAAAACACUGACGAUAAUUCGUCUGCGCUUAGUGGCGAUGAGGAGGAAUCGGGAGAGGCUGCCGCACUAGAAACUGAGUCGCCCACUGCACACGAAAACACAGAACAUGCUACAGCAACUCAUGUAGAUGGCGCACCAAAAUCCACUACCACACUCACGACUCCACCAGCUCUGAGCGAAACUGAGAUAACCGAAAAGUUCCGCAACUAUUUGCUCUAUGGCAAUGUAAAUGAGGCGCUCGAUUGGGCCACUGAUAACAAUCUCUGGGGUCAUGCGCUCUUCCUCGCCUCCAAGGUGGAUCGUCGUUCGCAUGCCAAUGUCAUGAUGAAGUUCGCCAAUAAGUUGGAGUUGAACGACCCAUUGCAAACACUGUAUCAGUUGAUGAGCGGCCGCCAGCCGUCGAGUGUGACCAGCGUGCAGGAUGAGAAGUGGGGCGAUUGGCGUCCACACCUUUCGAUGAUACUGUCGAACACGUCACAAAAGCCAGAAUUGGAUCGUAAAUCGAUAACAACGCUCGGCGAUUCGUUGCUAAAUCGUGGUGACCUAUUUGCCGCUCACUUUUGCUAUCUAAUGGCACAGGUGGGAUUCGGACGCUAUCAGGAGAGCGCCACACAGGAGAGCACGCUGCAGCAGCAUUUGCCAAAACUCGUUUUACUUGGCUCGUCUCAUUAUAAAACUUUCAACGAUUUCGCAACCAGUGAAGCCAUUAUAAUGACCGAAAUUUAUGAGUAUGCUUGCUCGCUGAAUGAUGAUAAAUUCUCGCUAGUCGAGUUUCAGCCUUAUAAAUAUUUGCUGGCCACACGCUUGUUGGAUUACGGCUACCAUUUACGUAGCUUAAUGUAUUUCGAGCAAAUAGCGCUACAUAUACAACGCGAUCCAAGCAAAUAUGAGCCAAGCUUUAUCAAUAAGAUCUAUCAAUUUGCUGAUCGCCUCAAACACUAUGAUCCAGUGUUGGAGCGUUCAAUCGAUGAUCAACAGCAAAAUGCCGAAGAAAAUUUAAAUAACAGUCAGUUACCGAAUUUUGAAGAGCAAACGUGGUUGAAAGACUUGCGCGCCAUCGCAGUGCAACAUAAGAUUGAAUACCCCAGCCCUGCUGCACCUGGCUAUGUACAAAGUACUGAGACGCAGAGUCUAAUUGAUCAACAAUUUGCGGAGAUAAAUAAACAAUUUAAUGAGCUGAAUAUGCAAUAUAAUAGUAUCAGCAAUGCCGAACAACCGCCUGCUUUCUAUAAUCCAGAUACACAACAGCAACAGCCACAGCCACAACCACUUCAUGAUUUGAAAGCUGAUCCCUAUAAUCAACAGCCACAACAAUCAGCAGUAGCUACGGCCGAUUACAACAACCUUCAAGGGAGCGCAGAUCAGCAAGCUCCUCCACCAUACUCAGAUGUCGCUGCGCAAAAGUCGGUUGAUGCCAGCGAUGCCUAUGCUUACUACAAUCAGCAGCAACAACAAUAUAUGCAACCAGAUUUACAGCAACAACAAUCACACUCAAUCCCAUACUAUGAUCCUACACAGCAACAACAACCACAACCACAGCAACAUUAUCAAGGUUAUGGCGCUGAAUCAAUGGCAGCGCAAAAUAAUGCUGGAGCCUAUGACUACUGGGCACAACAGCAACAGCAACAACAUGUUGGUUAUGGUGAUGAGUACUCUACAAAUGAUGAUAACGCUAAUGAACUAGUGUUAGCAGGAACAGAACCAGCAGAAACGCCAUCUCCAGAAGACUCCGCUAAAAGUGUUGAACAAAAUUUAAAAUCAAAUGAUGUAUUAACAUUGAAACAAGCGCCUGCCAAGGCAAGAUCAACAGCAAAGACAUACACAACCACUUUGGAGAGUGGCAGCAAGUUGCAGCAACAACAACCGUUGAAAAUAACCGCUGCAGCAGCCAAAUUAUAUAACAGUUAUGAUGGUCCGCAGACGCGUGUGGCAAAGAAGCUUAACACCAAUUACAAGAACAACAAGGAGCAACAAAAGCAACAACACUCAGCGAAACUGGCUACAUCUUUUCUAAGUUCGCCGCCAGAUGUAAGUAAACAAAGUAAUGUUUUGCUACCGCAACAGCAACUUCAGCACCAACAGCAGCAGCAGCAACAGCAAAAAAAUCAGGUCUUGCCAAAAAUGCCAAAUAAACUGCUAGAGCAGCAACAAACGCUUGCACAAAAAAUAAAUGCAUUUAAUGAAAAGUCAAAUAGAAAUUUAAGCACAAACCCGAAUUCGCAUUCGAACGGGAGCGGUAUAGUAAAGCGGGUCAAUUUCAAUCUGCCGCAGGAGGUGGAAGUGGUGGCGGAGAGGGUAGAGGGGCCCAGUAAGAAAUUGCCACCACCACCAUCACCUACCGGUGGUAGUGUUGCCAAUUUUAGUACUAAAGCUAGUUGUAGUAGUAGAAAUAGUAGUAGUAGCGGGAGCUGUAGCAGUGGUAGUAGUAGGGCCGAAGUCGCAGUAGCGCACGCCAAGGCGGUCGCAGCUGCGGUGAUAACUGAAAGUGGAGACACUCAAGACGCUUCCAACAAAGGCUGUGUUGCAUCACAAUCCAACAAAGCGCUCACCAGCUAUCCAUCAAGAAACACCGACACUUCCAGCAAACCUCUUUCACUGCCGUCGUGCAGCAGGCAUGCUUCUAAAGGCAAUAGCUUAAGUAGUGGCAGAGCCGCAUCUCAUCGCUUCCACACAUCACCGUACAAACAAAUCGUCUACAACGGCACCUAUCCCAUCGAUAUGCCCCUGCAGUCGCGUUUCCAAGCGUUGGGCCGCGACUAUGAUCCCGAAGCGAAUGCUGAAACGGCGCGUUGCAAGUAUGCGCACAUGCUGAACGACUAUGAUUUGGAUGAAUGCGAUAUACUCGGCGAUGUGGCAGAAGAAGAUGAGGACGAGGAUUUCGAUGAGGAUGAUGAUGACCUCCUGGUUGAUGAUCUAGAUGGGGAUGUAGAGGGCAUACCAUAUGAUUUGGAAGAGUUGAUUGCUCAACAAGAGCGCCCGCAGCGAAGCUUCUUCAGCCGACUGGGUAUCAUCAAAGAGGCGAGUAGCGUGUCGUUGGCUAGCAGCAGCGGCGGCACCGCCGGCCGUGGUGGUGAUACUGUUUCCACUAGCAAACAUCAUGCAGUAUGGUCUAUGCAGGAGCUUAUUGCCAAUCCAUCAAUACCGCUAAACUAUGAGAAGAUGUGCCAUGAAGUUGAGCAAAGUUUGACGUCAUUCGAAAAGUACCUGGACUCGAAAUCGAUUGAGCAACGGAAGACGCAGCAGCAGCCAGUGCGUACUUUCGAUGUGGAUGGGCCGAUUGGAGAGGCGCACGAAAAGAAACAUAUUUAAGGGGCAAAAUGAGGGCAAAAUGAGGGCAGAGAUUUAGCGAUUUAGUCGUCGUACAAAAAAAUUGUACGCAUACCCCUUAGUUGGAAUUUUAUUAGAAGUGUGUAGAGAAUUUUACUGUACACCUUACUGCUUUCUUAACAAAACAUUUUUAUUUGUAAAAAUGGCAAUUCUUAAAAUAAUGUCGUUCGGAAUACUGCAUUGGGAAGUUUCGUUGUUUUUAAUUCGCAUCAUAUGUAUGUAUGUAUGUAUAGAUAUGUUAUAUGUUUACUGUGUGUAUUAGAAACUACAUAUUUUACCUGUAUUUUACCUUUGUGUAUCAGGAAUACAUAACUCCCUAUAUUUAAUUCAGACUCGAAUUCGAAAAACUCGAAAAUGUAUGUAUCUCACAGUAUAUUAUAACCCAUUUGCACCAAAAGCUUAACUGCAGCUUAUUUCUUAUCUUUUUGCUUUUUGUCUUUUGUUUGCUUGUACUUUUCAUAAGCAAUUACCCCCUUCGAGUUGUAAUCUCCUUUUUCCAAUAGUUAUAAACUGCAGUUAAGGCUUGGUGGAAAUGAAUUGGUUAGAUAAACAAUAUAAAAAUAUCGAAUUUAAUUUUUUUUAUGAGAAUUCAUACGCACCAUUUAUCCGUCGCUCGAAUUGUUACUCAAAAUAUGAACUCAUCUUAAGAGUACAAAAAUGUAAAAAAACUUUUUUUUGGAGGGUUCAUAAGCACUCUUUGAUUCUGGUACAAUAAUAAACCUAAAACAAAUUAAGAAACCACUCCCUUGAUUUAAAAUAUUUAAUUUCAGACCAAAAAAAAUGUAUCAUUUCCUAAUGACGUAUUUCCACUGGGUGUUAAAUGACAAAAAUUUCAAUGAAAAAGUUAGCUUUACCAAUCGGUUUUCACAUGCCUUUGUUUAUAUGGUAAACAGUUAUUGUGAUUUUGGUCAUUUUAAUGCCUGAUGGAAAUUUGGUAUAAGAAAUUAUUUUUCUCUGGCUCCCAACAUAAAUAUAUUUUUUUUUUUAAAUCUGCCAGGUAAUUUCUUUCUUUUUUAUAUGUUGAGAUUUUAAACGAGAAUGAGUUUCCAUGAAAAUUAAGACUGAAAAUUUUAAACCUAUUCCCAUUCUUGCGCAAAAAUGAAAAUUUCCCAAAUAUUUUCAAAAAAUUCCAAAAAACAAUUUUCAACGUAAUGAAACAGGGGAUUCUGUCAAACUCGCCUCGAAAAAAGUAGCGGGACUGCUGAAUGCGCUUCCUCCUUCGCUCUACAUCUUGGUCAUACUGGCAUAUUUAGAACAUUUUAUGUAUGUACAUUAAUUAAAAAUAUUUAUUUUUUUGGCUUUUGUAAAAUUCCAAAUUGGCCAAAUUGAGCCUCUGCACUGAAGGUGACGAAAGUAAAAAAAAAAUGCCGUGUGGAAACGAAAUUAAUGACCAUUUUUUGUAAAAUUAAUGACGCAGGUAUUUUUAACGUCCAACUUUGUCAUUAAAAUUACUGUAAUUUAAUGACCGGUGGAAAUGCGGCAUUCGAAUUUUCAAAUUGAAAAACCCGAUACACUUUAGUUUGACAAGAAACAAAUUUUUUUUUUGUUUUUAUUAUAGUGCAAAUUUUUAACAUUUUGAAUCACAUACAAAAUCUGUAGAAAAGACUAAAUCUAAAGUUUUGAAAAUUUGUAUUUAAGAAAUUAUUUUUGCAAUUAAAAAAAUUCAUAUUUUCACCAACACGUUUUCGUAUUAACAAAUAAAAACAUUUUUAGGUGAAUUUCGUUAUGGUAACAAUUUGAGCGAAUCUACCCAUAUUUUUUCCAUAGAAGUAUUUUACAAAGAUGUAUUAAAAAUAUUUUUUUUUUUUUUUAUUUAGUUUGUGAGAUUUUGAUGUUUUAAAUUUAUAUUGCGUUUCUGUUUGAAAUGUGCAGAUAUGUUUUGAACAUUUCAAAUAAUUAAAAAAACAAAAAAAUAAAUUUGGAAUAUCUAUUAACUUUUUUUAAUUUUUUUUAUACAUUUAUCACAUAAUUUUUUAUGAUGUUUUCUAAUAUUAUUUUAUGUUUUCGUCCAAUUGGCUACGAAAUUCCGUAAACACAUUUUGGCCCCAAUAACUUUAGUUAUUUAUUUUUUAUACCUCUAAAAAUGUAAUGGCAUUGAGAAGACAAUGCCUCUUAAGCGUGGCGAGCCCUUUUUUGAUAUAAUAAAUAACACGAGACAAAAAAUCAACAAGUUUUCGCUAGCAGAAAGUAUUUGUUUUGUCUUUAAGGAACUUAUUUUUUCAUUAAACAUCAAUACAAAAAUUUUAAAAACUGAAAUUGUAAAGUAUUGUGCUAAUUGUAAGCAAAGCGACACACAAAAAACCAAACACAAAAAAAUGUGCUGACAUGAAUUGUUUUUCUUGUAAAUUAAAGCUGAAUAAAAAAAAUCAUGAAUUUUAAUCGAGCGAUUUUGUACUAAGCAUAUUUAUUUAUAAAAAUUAUAUUUUAGUAACAAAAAGUUUAACUUAUGCGAAAAAACUGCAUGCAACAAUUAGUCUAAACACCAGACAUUGUGUAAGCUGCUAUGCAUUAAAGCUCCGCGCAAGCUCCUGCGAACGCUACCUUGGAGCUUUCUCAACUGUAACAUGAAGAUCAGCGAUUCUAUUUUUCAUAUUUAAGAGUUCGAAAUUAUUUAAAACUGAAACAAUUUAUUCAACAAAAGUAAUACAUACUCGAAAGCUUUGGGAGCACCUGCGUUGCCUGUUGUCUACGAGUACAAGCUGACUGUCGAAAA